AUGACUGAAAGUAUAAAGAAUAUUUGGCGUCUUAUUUUAGUGUUUGCAUUAUGUGGAUGUGUCUUAUCAGUAACCGAUGAAGAGGCGAAGCAGCAGUUUCUUAAAACAUUGCUGCAAUGCACCAAGAAACACCCUGUAGAGAUGGCCGAUCUUCUGACGUUGCAAAAACACAUGAUUCCAACAAAACCUGAUGUGAAAUGCUUACUAGCUUGCACUUAUAGAGAGCUUGGAACACUAGAUAAAGAUGGGAAAUACAAUUUAACUAGGGGCUACGAGAUCGCUGAAACCAUGAGAGAGGGGGAUGACAAAAGAGUUCAGAAUGGCAAAAAGAUGGCUGAUGUUUGUGCAAAAGUGAACGACGAAGCAGUCGGUGAUGGCAGUAAAGGUUGUGAUCGAGCGACACUUCUCUUCAAGUGCACCAUUGAAACUGCACCAAAGUUUGGAUUCAAGAUUGCUAUGAAUGAUGCUGAAGCCAGAGAAAAGUUCAUGGUUCACGCAAUGGAAUGCAACAAAGACAAUUCAGUUCAAAUAGCCGACCUAGAACCUUUGCAACAAUUGAAGACACCGACGAAAACUGAAGUGAAAUGCCUUUUAGCCUGCGUUUACAGAGCUAUUGGAACUUUAGGAGCAAAUGGUAAAUUUGAUCUACAAAAAUCAUAUGAAUUAGCAGAGAAAAUGAAGGAUGGCGACGAAAAACGACUGGAGAAUGGAAAGAAAGUCGCUGAUAUUUGCAUCAAAGUGAACGAUGAAGCUGUCAGUGAUGGUGAAAAAGGUUGUGAUCGAGCCGCACUAAUGUUCGAAUGUGUCAAUAAAAAUGCUCCUCAGCACGGAUUCAAACUGAUGUAGGUAGAGAUGGGCGAAACAGAAUUACUAGUAAGAACUA